AUGGCGCUGUUCAAGUCGGUCAACACUCCCGCGACGAUCAAGUUCACCCUUUCUUCUGCGCCAAGUGGUACUACAACUAUCCGCAUUGGAACGACGUUGUCGUUCGCAGGAGCCAGGCCGGUAGCGAAGGUCAACAGCUGGCAAGGAGCCACACCAGCAGCUCUUAAGAAGAUCGACAGCCGUCACCAGGGCAACAUCAUCACCAUUGAUGUUGCGUCCGGCAGCAGUGGGGAUACCUACUUGCAGCCUAAUGUCAUCUUUGAUGCUGUCGAGCUGUUUAACUAG